CAUGUUAAACGUGUCCACAGUCCUUCUCGUGCCUCCAUUACUGUCGGACGUGUUUCUAGUGUGUUCUUUGCAUUUACGUUUCCAUUAUACAAAAAUUAAUAAUUUAUUGAAUAAAAUAUUAUUCAUAAACUAAUAUAAACUAUACAGUGAUUAUUAUAAAUAAACUAUUUGAUGCAAAAUAAUAAAAACGCGUGUUAUAUUUUCAGUUUGGUUGAUAUAUCGUCGUAGAAAAGGUGGUCGAACAGUGUACAACUUUUUCCAAAGUUUUUCGAUUAUUUUCUUUUAUUUGAUAUAUUUGAGAUAAAUUUUUCAUCACAAAAUGGCAGAUUUCUUAGAUUCCGAAGCAGAAGAAAGCGAGGAGGAGGAGCUUGAUCAAAAUGAAAAGAAAAAGUUGAAAAAGAUUAAGGCGGUUGAAGAAAGUGACGAGGAGGACGAUGAUGAUGGCGAAGAAGUUGCAGAUUUGAUUGAUGAUAAUCCGAUAGAAGAAGAAAGCGAUGUAGAGGAUAGUGAUACUUCCGGUGGUUCUAAGAAAAGAAAAAAAAGUGACGACGAGUUUGAUGAUAGAUUGGAAGAAGAGGAUUAUGAUUUGAUUGAAGAAAACUUGGGUGUUAAACUUGAAAGAAAACGCAGAUUCAAACGUCUUCGAAGAAUACAAGAUGAGGAAUCCGAAGAUGAACAGGAAAAGGAACCAGAAGAAGACAGAGAUGCCAUUGCCACUGAAUUAUUUGAAGGCUCUGGCGAUGAAAGAGAUGUCUUUGUGGAGGAAGAACGACGAAGUGAACGAAGUCAUCGACCAGAGGUUGAGACUUUGGACGAAGAAGGUAGCGAAGGGGAUGAUGAUAUGAAUGAUUUUAUCGUUGACGAGGAUGGAAGAUCUCUCGCAGAAAAGCGUUUGAAAAAGAAACCAAUAUUCUCCGAUGCCGCUUUACAAGAAGCUCAGGAUAUAUUUGGAGUUGAUUUUGACUUUGAUGAGUUUGGUAAAUUCGGAGAGGAAGAUUAUGAGGAAGAGGAAGAGGAGGAAGAAGAAGAUGAAUACUUGGAUGACGAUGUCGAUGAACGACCAAGAAGACCAAAGAAACAAUUUAAAAAGAAAAGUACUAGAAAGAGUAUUUUUGAAAUUUAUGAGCCAAGUGAAUUGAAAAGAGGUCAUUUCACGGAUCUAGAUAAUGAGAUUCGUAAUACAGACAUUCCUGAACGAAUGCAACUUCGUUCUGUUCCUGUUACACCCGUAGCUGAAGGUUCUGAUGAAUUAGACCUUGAGGCAGAAUGGAUAUAUAAACAAGCAUUUUGCCGACCUACUAUUUCCGUUCAAGAUGCUCACUUGAACGAAGAAGCCAAAGAGAGAGCUAAGAAAGGUCCACAAACUAUUGGAAAAAUUAAGAAAGCUUUAGAUUUCAUGCGAAAUCAACACUUUGAAGUUCCUUUCAUAUCAUUCUACAGAAAAGAAUAUGUGCUUCCAGAACUUAAUAUCAAUGAUUUAUGGAAAGUAUAUAAAUUCGAUGCUAAAUGGUGUCAAUUGCGUCAACGUAAAGAAAAUUUGUUGAAAUUAUUUGAAAAGAUGAAAAAUUAUCAGUAUGACGAAGUUUUGAAAAAUCGUGAUCUUCCUAUACCAGAUAAUGUAAGGGUGAUACAAGAAGAUGACAUUGAACGUCUUAAAAAUAUUCAAACGAGCGAAGAAUUAAAUGACGUUUAUCAACACUUCAUGCUUUAUUAUAGUUAUGACAUUCCAGCUAUGCAAGAGAUUGCUCGUCAAAAGGAACGAGAAUUACGUCGUGAAGCAAGAAUACAAAAAAGAAAACAACAAAUAGCCGAAGCCGAAGAGAAUGGUGAAAAUCCGCCCGAAGAGGAUAUUGAACCUGCUGCAGAUGAAGAAGAGGAACCGGAUGAAACGUUGAAACAAGCGGUUAGAAGUGGACCAUACUCAACUUGUCGAAAAGCAGGCUUGGCUGGGCUUGCUAUGAAGUUUGGUCUUACUCCAGAACAUUUUGCUGAAAAUCUUCGGGAUAAUUAUCAACGUCACGAAGUUGAGCAAGAACCCAUAGAGCCCACAGUAGUUGCAAAUGAUUUUUGCAGUUCAAGAUUCAAUACUCCAGAUGAAGUUCUUAAGGCUGCUCAAUUGAUGGUUGCUAUGCAAUUGGCACGCGAACCAUUGGUACGCAAAUGCGUUCGAGAAAUGUAUAUGGAAAGAGCUAAAAUAUCAGUUAGACCAACGAAAAAAGGUAUCAAAGAAAUCGACGAGAAUCAUCCAAUAUAUUCGAUGAAAUAUUUGAAAGACAAACCAGUGCGGGAUCUUGUGGGAGAUCAAUUCUUAAAAUUGGUCAUAGCUGAAACUGACAAGCUCAUUACAAUCUCAUUAAGCGACACGAUAGAAGGAAAUACAACUAGCAAUUACGUUGACGAAAUGAAACAACUUUACUAUGUUGACGAAUUCAGCAAAAAUGUUCAAGAUUGGAAUGCAUUGAGAGUUGGCAGUGUAGAAAUGGCACUCAAUCGUAUGGUGAUACCACAUUUAAAGAAAGAAUUGAAAAUCAAUCUUAUUACAGAAGCUAAAGAAUGUAUAAUGAGAGCUUGUUGUCGUAAAAUGUAUAAUUGGAUUAAAGUAGCUCCAUACACUUGUGAAUUCCCUGAAGAAGAAGAUGAAGAAUGGGACACAAGUAAAGGUCUUCGCGUUAUGGGUUUAGCUUAUGUACCUGAUUAUUCUCAAGCAGCUUUUACAUGCAUCGUUUCUGCUGACGGUGAAUGCACAGAUUACGUGAGAUUACCACAUUUGAUGAAGAGGAAAAAUAGUUUCAGGGAAGAUGAAAAAGCAAUGAAAGAAGCUGAUUUAUUGGCACUUAAGAAUUUCAUAGCAACUAAGAAACCUCACAUGGUUGUAAUCGGUGGUGAAUCGAGAGAGGCACUGAUGAUUGCCUCUGAUAUAAAAGAAUGUAUUUCCAAUCUAAUGGAAGAUGAACAAUUUCCUACCAUCCAAGUAGAAAUAUGUGAAAAUGAACUUGCUAAGAUUUAUUCCAACAGUAACAAGGGUAUUUCGGAAUUCCGAGAUUAUCCGGAAUUAUUGAGACAAGCAAUAUCUUUGGCUAGAAGAAUGCAAGAUCCUUUAGUAGAAUUUUCUCAAUUAUGUACUGCCGAUGAAGAAAUAUUAUGCCUCAAGUAUCAUCCAUUGCAAGAUCAGCUUCUAAAAGAAGAACUUUUAGAAAAUUUAUAUUUAGAAUUCGUAAAUAGAGUAAAUGAGGUUGGCGUUGACGUUAACAAAGCAGUACAACAAGCUUAUUCUGGAAAUCUGGUACAAUUCAUUUGCGGUUUGGGUCCUAGAAAAGGACAAGCAUUGAUUAAAAUAUUGAAACAAACGAAUCAAAGAUUAGAAAAUAGAACGCAACUUGUAACAGCUUGUCAUAUGGGACCCAAAGUAUUUAUCAACUGUGCUGGAUUUAUUAAGAUUGAUACGAAUAGUUUAGGAGACAGUACGGAAGCUUACGUAGAAGUAUUGGAUGGUUCAAGAGUGCAUCCUGAAACGUACGAAUGGGCAAGAAAAAUGGCAGUAGAUGCAUUGGAAUACGACGACGAAGAUGCAAAUCCAGCUGGUGCACUGGAAGAAAUUUUAGAAUCGCCAGAAAGAUUGAAGGAUUUGGACUUGGAUGCAUUUGCUGAAGAAUUGGAAAGACAAGGUUUUGGUAAUAAAUGUGUCACAUUGUAUGAUAUCAGAGCUGAAUUGAAUUCAAGAUACAAGGAUUUACGUGUACCGUACCAAUCACCAAGUCCAGAAAAAUUGUUCGACAUAUUAACCAAGGAAACACCUGAAACGUUCUACAUCGGUAAACUGAUAUUGGCAACAGUGGUUGGCAUAAGUCAUAGAAAACCACAAGGAGAACAAUUAGAUCAAGCCAAUCCAGUUAGAAACGAUGAGACUGGUUUAUGGCAGUGUCCUUUCUGUCUGAAGAAUGAUUUUCCUGAACUUUCGGAAGUGUGGAAUCAUUUUGAUGCAGGAGCUUGUCCAGGAAAAGCUACAGGUGUAAGACUGAGAUUAGACAAUGGAAUAUCUGGCUAUGUUCAUAUUAAAAAUUUAUCUGAUAAACAUGUUGCCAAUCCUGAAGAAAGAGUUGGUAUUGGUCAAGUAAUCCAUUGUCGUAUUAUUAAAAUUGAAGUAGAACGUUUCAGUGUUGAAUGUACGAGCAAGAGCAGCGAUCUUGCUGAUAAAAAUCAUGAAUGGAGACCUCAAAGAGACAUUUAUUAUGACACGGAAGCGCACGAUCAAGAUGUUAAAGUGGAAGAGGAUGCUAAAAAAGUAAAGCAACUUCAGACAUAUGUUAGACGUGUUAUUAUACAUCCGUCUUUCCACAAUAUUAGUUUUGCCGAGUCGGAGAAGUUAAUGCAGAAUAUGAAACAAGGAGAAGGUAUAAUAAGACCCAGUAGCAAAGGUGCCGAUCAUCUUACCGUAACAUGGAAAGUAACUGACAAUAUUUAUCAACACAUUGAUGUCAGAGAAGAAGGCAAAGAAAAUGCAUUUUCCUUGGGUCAUAGUUUAUGGAUUGGUAACGAAGAAUUUGAAGAUCUCGAUGAAAUAAUUGCCAGACACGUUAAUCCUAUGGCAGCUUAUACUUCAGAAUUGUUAGAUUUUAAAUAUUAUAAGCCAAACGUGGAAGGCGUGAAAGAUAAGGCUGAAGAAAUUUUGAAAGAACAAAAGAAACAAAAUCCAGGAGGAAUUCCUUACAUUAUAUCUGCAGCUAAGAAUUAUCCAGGAAAAUUCCUCCUGUCUUAUUUACCAAGAAUUCGGUGCCGUCACGAAUACGUUAGCGUUUUACCAGACGGUUUUAAAUUUAGAGGACAAACGUUUAGUAGAGUUAAUGAUUUGUUCCGUUGGUUCAAGGAACAUUUUCGUGAUCCAAUACCUGGUCAAUCAACGCCAGGUACUCCACACGGUGCAUUGACUUCAAGAACACCGUAUCAUACUACUCCUGGGGCAGUUUCAGGAAUGAAUCAGGAUGCAAUACAAAGAGUGGCUCAAAAUUUACCACACCACAUGUUGCAUUCUCUAUCGCAAGUAGCAAAUCAAACACCACAUCAUUAUCCACCACAUACUCCAGGUGCAGCAAGUACCACAGCUUAUGGUGGAAUGCAUACAUACCCGAAUACACCUUAUACUCCUUCGGGACAAACUCCAUUCAUGACGCCGUAUCAAACACCUCAUCAUACUCCGCGUCAUGCACAGCAAACACCAAAUCAUCAUCAAGGUUCAUUCUUACAUCCAGUACCUUCUUCCUCGGUACCAUCUGCAACUCAGAGAUCAAUGCGAUCUCAUAGACCCACUCCGUCUGCUUCAACACCGACAUCUGGUGAUGCCACGGAUUGGAGUAAGGCAGCUGAAGCUUGGGCUCGUUUGAAACAAUCAACUCCUCGAGGAUCGGGUGGUACUCCAAGAUAUGAAGAAUCCAGGAAAACGCCACGAAAAUAUGAGGAUUCUGCUGGAAGAACUACUCCGAGAAAUAGAACUCCAUCUAAUCAAACUCCAUCUUAUAAAUCACCUCGAGGUACACCCUAUACUAAUUCUAGUCCACGCAGUAUGUCUCUUAGUGGAGAUGGUACACCAUUAUAUGAUGAAAGUUAACCUACGAAUCUAGUUAAGUUUAUUAAAUAAAAUAAUGGAUAUAAUAAUAUGUUAUUAUUAUUAUUAUGUAAACUUUGUAUAGACCUUCAUAUAUUUUUAAUGUAUUUUGUAUAACGGCUCUGUUAGCGAUAUUAAACUUUUAUGUACAU